AUGAGAUCUGAUGCUCCAUUCACUCCAGGUGUUCCUCAUGAAAUAGAAAAAACUGUCAUUACCAGCCAGUCUACCGAGACUCCCUCAUCUCCUGAUAAAAAUACAACUCCAGCACCCGAAAAUCAGAUUCUUUCAUCACCAGCACCAUCCAAUUCCGACCUUACGAACCUCAAUCUUAAUUCAGCACAUUUACAACAUAUGGAUGCAGCACAGGCACAAGCUAUAGCGCAGGCGGCAGCGGCAGCGAUGGCAGCGCACGGCUCACACUAUCACCAACUAUUUACCAGCUUUGAUCCAAAUACAACACAACACAUCACAGACAAUAGUUCGACUGUACUGGCAACCUCUCUUGCGACAGAUUUUAUUAAGCGAGAGUUGAUUAAUCAAAAGGUAAACCACUCGUUCCUCCCAGAACCUUACGAGGUCAGGGCUGAUAACAGAGAUCGUAAAAAGCGAUGGAGAGCGUUAAAUGAAGAAAGAAAUAAAGACAAUGAUCUUCGGUGUAGAGUCAAUAAGCGGGCCAAUAAAUUGUUUGGAAAAGACGAUAUUGGACCCAAGCGACAUUGGGUUGAAGAAGAAUUUGUUAAGCGUCAAGCGAAACGAAAGGAGAAAGAGAGACGUAAACGUGUGGUCGAUGGAACAGUCGCCCAUACACCGACAGAUUAUGGUCUUGAUAUUACAGCAGCUACACAACAACUUACACCACAGCAACUCCAAAUACUACAAGAAACAAAUUAUCUGUCGUUGAUCUGCAGUAAUCUUGGCGCAUUAUCACCAAAUACGGCUUCCAAGUUACUUGGUGUUGAACAGGGGUCAACAAAUCCCCAAGACAAAACACAACAUCUUUCAAGUCAAUUGAUUGAAUUCCUUCAGCAGUUGCAACAGUAUCAACCUCCACAGACUGUUGAAUCUAGUGUUCCUCAACCUUCUGGUACGCCCACCUUAAACACAGCGGUACAGGACACUCGGCCAGAAGAGAAGGUUGCGGCCUUAUUAAGCUCAAGUAUCAGCUCUAUAGCUACUGCUGUUGAAUCUCAAGACAAAGAUAAGAAAGAUUUUGAAGAACAAGAUCAUGUUUCAGCAAGUCCUGAACAGCCUAGGAUCGACUAUCCUAUGGAUGCUGUCCUGACUUUGAUGCAACUUAAUUCUGGAUGGCGACAAUAA